AUGAGUAUCAGUUUAGAACAUGUGAUUGGUUUUAAAGUGAAAGUCAUCAAUUUACUUGAUGUGAUUACUGAAGGUAAAAUUUAUUCUUUUAACUCUGUCAAUAACACUAUUACUUUACAGACAAGUAGAAAGAAUCAGAGUUUCUAUGAUUUUAGAAUAAUAAAAUGUUCCUUCAUUAAAAGUUUACAAGUUAUUGGUGAUAAGCCCAGUACUAAUUCCUUUAAAAAACAAAUAAUUAAACCAUAUAUGGUAAAUUUGGAUAGAAUUGAAACAUUUUUGAACCAAGAGAUUGAAAGAUCCAAUAAAAAUAGUCUUUUAAAGGGGAAAGGUGUUACCCCAGAAGGUCAAACUAUUUUUGACAUGAUUUAUAAGACUAUCCCGGAUACUAGAUGGGAUGAUAAAGAUAUCGUCAUUUUAGAUGAUAUUAAAGUUGUUCCUCCUUAUAAAAUUGAUAAUAUUAUAACAUUGCAUGAAACACAAUCUAUAAAUCUAAUUGAAAAAAUCAUCGAAAGAGGUUGGGAUAAUAUCAAGACUAGCAGAGAUUCUACACCUAUCUCAAAAGAUGGUGAUACCGAUAGAAAAGGUGGUUAA